AUUGUUCAUUAUCAAUGUGUCCGUGUGUUUUGCUCGGAGGGGAUGGAAUGCACUACGGUGGACGCGUUGCUUUUAAACAAUUGCUUAAUAGAGACGAACAUAGAUGGUGGAUUGUAUCGCAACAGGGCAACAUAUUCAAGACGAGAUUACGUGCGAUGAUUUGACACGUAUAGUCUGAUACAUUUGGGCGUUAUCACGCGUCUAUUUAAACGUGCUCUUUAUUCUUCGGUAACGAAUUUUCGUGAAAUUUUGCCGGACGGAGCUGUCGAUCGAGGACUAUUCCGUUUCCUGUGUUUUUUUUUAUCAAAAUGCCAGAAAACGUGAACGGAAUGCAAAUGUUCGAAUUGAACACAGAUAAUUUGACGGCUGCUCCAAUAUCGAAAGAAACAACAAAUGAUACGAACAGAAAUCCCGAGAUUACUUAUGGUAUCGACGAUAUCCCGCCAUGGUAUCUGUGUUUGUUCAUGGCAUUACAGCAUUACUUGACCAUGAUUGGCGCCAUCGUUUCUAUCCCUUUUAUUCUAACGCCGGCCCUUUGUAUGGCCGAAGAUGAUCCUGCCAGAAGUCACGUUAUUUCCACGAUGAUCUUUGUCACAGGUCUGAUAACGUUUGUUCAGAUUACCGUAGGAUGUAGAUUGCCAUUGGUACAGGGUGGUACUAUAUCGUUCCUCGUACCGACUCUGGCGAUAUUGAAUCUACCGCAGUGGCAAUGUCCCGCGUCGGAAGUUAUGGAGCAAAUGUCCCCUGAAAACCGGACCGAACUUUGGCAAACUCGGAUGAGAGAAUUGUCAGGAGCGAUUGCCGUUUCCUCUCUGUUUCAAGUAAUUAUCGGGUUUGGAGGUAUUGUCGGGUACUUGCUGAAAUUUAUAACUCCAUUGACAAUUGUGCCGACGGUUUCAUUGGUUGGGCUAUCCCUCUUCGAAAAUGCUGCGGAUGCUGCAUCUCAGCAUUGGGGUAUCGCGGCUGGAACAAUAAUAUUACUGACUACAUGUUCUCAAAUAAUGGUCAACAUUCCAUUUCCGUUUCCAAUGUAUCGUAAAGGCCAAGGACUCCAAAUCAUCUGGUUCGAAUUAUUCAAACUCUUCCCAGUUUUGCUGACGAUAAUCGUCAUGUGGAUAAUUUGCGCUAUAUUAACAGUAACCGACACAUUACCAUUCGGUCAUCCCGCUAGAUCCGACAGUAAAUUGAGAAUUAUAAGCGACUCACCCUGGUUUCGGAUACCAUAUCCCGGACAGUGGGGUGUACCCACCGUAACAUUGUCGGGUGUACUUGGUAUGUUGGCGGGGGUAUUAGCGUGCACAGUCGAAUCCAUCAGCUAUUAUCCAACCACUGCAAGAAUGUGUGGAGCACCUCCACCACCGGUUCAUGCGAUCAAUCGUGGUAUCGGAAUAGAAGGUCUCGGUACAAUGCUGGCCGGACUUUGGGGUAGCGGUAAUGGUACAAAUACAUUCGGCGAAAAUGUCGGCACAAUAGGGGUCACCAAGGUCGGCAGCCGUCGAGUCAUACAAUGGGCCUGCCUCUUGAUGAUUUUGCAAGGGGUGAUCAGCAAAUUCGGCGCCGUGUUCAUCAUAAUUCCCGAGCCGAUAGUCGGCGGAAUAUUCUGCGUUAUGUUUGGGAUGAUUUGUGCAUUCGGUUUGUCAGCAUUACAAUAUAUAAAUCUUAAUUCUCCGAGAAAUCUAUUCAUUCUCGGUUUAUCUAUGUUUUUCCCUCUGGUUCUAUCGAAAUGGUUGAUCAAAUAUCCAGACGUGAUACAAACGGGAAAUGCUAUAGCGGACAGUGUAUUCACUGUAUUACUCAGUACUACUAUUUUAGUAGGCGGUUUUUUAGGCUGUUUCCUGGACAACAUUAUUCCAGGUAAUGCGAAAGAUCGUGGAUUGGAGGCUUGGGCGAAGGAAAUGGAACUGACCAAUGGCGCGAUUGACAAAAAGACUAGCGAAGCGCUUAGUGCUGAAUACAUCCCAAAUACUUUCGAUUUUCCAUUUGGAAUGGAUCUACUGAGAAGAUGGAAGUGGACAUCAUACAUUCCAUUUUUACCCACUUAUCAGAAGUUGUAAAUGCGCCAAAAGUAAAUAACGCAACUACUUCAUAUGCCUGUUCAUCGCGAGAUAUGACCUGUAAUCGAAAAACUGUGAUGUAGAAAGAGACAAAUGUGAUAUCAUAGAGUUAUAAAAACUUUUAUAACACAUGCAGAAAUGGAUACAUAAGAAUGUCACUAAUUUAUUACUUCAGAACACUGAACACAAAAUAAUAAUUGCGUCUCAAGAAAUACUAUGUAAGUACUAUAAAUGAUGUAUGUGAGAUCAUGUAAGUAUCAUAAAUGAAAUGUAUAUG